UGGCGUUCGCGUGCUAGCUAUUUUGCGCAUGGAUCUUGGAAGAAAACAUUCAGUGUCUGAAUCGGGAAAGAGAAAAUAGAAAUAACUUGUCAGGGCCAUACUACAUCACAAAAAUACCUCCAAAAUGGCCAGUGUUUCGUAUCACAUCGCAAAUCUUCUGGAGAAGAUGACCUCCAAUGACAAAGAUUUCCGGUUCAUGGCCACAAAUGAUUUGAUGACAGAGUUACAGAAGGAUUCUAUCAAAUUAGAUGAUGACAGUGAGAGAAAAGUUGUAAGAAUGCUGUUGAAACUUCUGGAAGACAAAAACGGAGAAGUUCAGAAUUUGGCUGUGAAAUGCUUGGGCCCUCUGGUGAACAAGGUAAAAGAGUUCCAGGUGGAGACAAUUGUGGAUACUCUUUGUAACAACAUGAUAUCUACGAAGGAACAACUCCGUGAUAUCUCUAGUAUAGGUUUGAAGACGGUCAUCAGUGAAUUACCACCAUCCUCUACUGCCCUAGCUGCCAGCAUUUGUAAGAAGAUUACUGGACGACUGACUAGUGCUAUUGCUAAGCAAGAAGAUAUGUCUGUACAAUUGGAGGCUCUGGACAUACUAGGUGACUUACUGAGUCGGUUUGGAGGUCUCCUUAUCAGCUUCCACCCCAGUAUAAUGCAGUCCCUUCUGCCCCAGCUAUCCAGCCAGCGUCUUGCUGUGAGGAAACGUGCCAUCAUUGCCAUCGGUUAUCUGGUAAUGAGCUGUAACAAUCCACUGUUUCUUGAGCUGAUUGAGUUCCUACUGACUGAACUCAACAAAAAUGCCACCACCUCCACAACCAGGACGUACAUACAGUGUAUUGGCACCAUCAGUCGACAGGCAGGACACAGAUUUGGGGAACACCUACAGAAGAUGGUACCGCCGAUCGUCAGAUUCUGUAAGGAGGAAGAUGAUGAGCUGCGAGAAUACUGUCUACAGGCCUUUGAGUCCUUUGUGAGACGGUGUCCAAAGGAGAUCUCACCAUUUGUCACAGAGAUUAUAAAGAUCUGUCUGCGGUACAUUUGCCAUGACCCCAACUAUAAUUACGAUGACGAUGAUGAAGGUGAUGCCAUGGAAAUGGAAGAAGAGGAAGAAGAAGAUGAUGAUGAAGAGGAGUACAGUGAUGAUGAUGACAUGAGCUGGAAAGUGCGACGAGCUGCAGCCAAGUGUCUGGACGCCAUUAUUGGCACACGACACGAGAUGUUGGUGGAAUUCUAUAGAACAGUGUCACCAGCUCUCAUAGCCAGAUUCAAAGAGAGAGAGGAGAAUGUGAAGGCAGACAUCUUCCAUGCCUAUAUCACACUGUUACGACAGACGCGACCAAAUAGCACAUCAGACCCAGACGCAAUGGACCAGGAUGGCGGCCCACUCUGUCAACUGCAGGGCCAAAUUCCUGAUAUCGUCAAAGCCAUACACAAACAACUCAAAGAGAAAAGUGUCAAGACUAGGCAAGGCUGUUUCAGUCUUCUCACAGAACUAGUCCUGGUUUUACCUGGUGCCCUGACAGACCACCUUCAGGCCCUGGUUCCAGGCAUUCAAUACUCUCUAGGUGACAAGAACUCCAGCUCUAACAUGAAGAUUGAUACCCUGUCUUUCCUCAACUGUAUACUGUCUCACCAUAAUCCAGUUGUGUUUCAUGCACAUAUCAAAGUCCUUGUGCCGCCUGUUGUCCAUUCUGUUGCUGAUCCCUUCUACAAAAUUACCUCCGAGGCACUACUGGUCACUCAGCAGCUGGUCAAGGUUAUUCGACCCCUAGAAGUGCCAGUUAAGUUUGACUACAAGCCUUACGUGAAGGACCUGUACACAUGUACUUUGGCCAGGUUAAAGGCAGCUGAUAUCGACCAAGAAGUCAAGGAAAGAGCUAUAUCUUGCAUGGGCCAAAUAAUCCGUAACCUUGGUGAUAGUCUGUCUGCAGAGCUGAAAGAGUGUUUACCAAUUUUCUUGGAAAGAUUAAAGAAUGAAAUCACCAGAUUAACGGCAGUAAAAGCCCUGACAAUGAUAGCUGGGUCCCCAUUGAAUAUAGAUCUACGCCCUAUAUUGGAUGAAGGCAUACCAAUUUUAGCCUCCUUUUUGAGGAAGAACCAGAGAGCUCUGAAGUUGAGCACACUGACGUGUUUGGAUGUCUUAGGGAAAAAUUAUGGUACUGCUUUGACAACAGGAAUGAUCUAUGAGAUGAUGAAAGAAAUGCCACCUUUAAUUAGCGAAAAUGAUCUCCAUGUCUCACAGCUGACGUUGCACCUGUUGACGUCUAUAUCUAAGAUCCACAAGUCCUGUAUGGCGACCAUUCCAAACGAGAUUCUACCACAGAUCCUCCUGUUGAUACAGUCACCACUACUUCAGGGUGGCGCUCUAGGAUCCCUCCUCGAGUUUUUUCAGGCACUAGUAGCCACAGGUCUCCCAAAACUUGGAUUUAGAGACUUACUUCAGAUGUUGAUUCGCCCCGUAUACAAUCCACCGUCUAGUGCCCAGUCCUCCAGUAAUGCAUUCGCUGUCCACAAACAGGCAUUCCAUUCCAUAGCCAAAUGUAUGGCAGCCCUGACAGUGAAGAGUCCAUCACAAGCCAACAAUGUUGUGAACCAGUUUGUUAGUGAUGUGUGUAAUGCCAAAUCAUCUGAUUCUGUGAAAUUAUUUGCUUUAUUAGCUUUAGGAGAAAUAGGAAAACACAUUGAUGUGAGCAACCACGGUGAGAUCCAGCUUGUAAUAUUAGAGUCAUUCUCCUCAUUAAAUGAAGAAGUGAAAGCAGCAGCCUCCUAUGCCCUUGGUAAUGUCAGUGUUGGUAACUUGAACAAGUUUUUGCCAUUUGUAUUGAAAGAAAUAGAAAACCAACCAAAGAGGCAGUAUCUACUACUACAUUCUCUAAAGGAGAUUAUAAGUUGUGAGUCUGGAUCUACAACUGGAGUUGAUAACCUCAAGCCCUACGUACAAACUAUCUGGACAAUGUUAUUUCACCACUGUGAGUGUCCAGAAGAGGGUACGAGGAAUGUUGUGUCAGAAUGUCUCGGCAAACUUACCCUGAUAGACCCUACGGCACUCCUCUCCAGUCUCAAGCAACACCUGAACAACCAAUCAGCUCUCACUAGGAGUACCGUUGUCACGGCGAUAAAAUUCACUAUAUCUGAUCAACCCCAAGGUAUAGAUCCAUUACUACGUAACUGUAUCGGUGACUUCCUCAAGACUCUACAGGACCCUGACCUGAACGUGAGGAGGGUCGCCCUGGUUACCUUCAACUCUGCAGCUCACAACAAACCAUCAUUGAUCCGCGAUCUUUUAGACAAUGUAUUACCACAUUUGUAUAACGAAACUAAAGUACGGAAAGAACUAAUCCGAGAAGUAGAAAUGGGUCCAUUUAAACACACCCUGGAUGAUGGACUGGACAUCAGAAAGGCUGCGUUUGAGUGUAUGUACACCCUGCUCGACUCGUGUCUAGAUCGACUAGAUAUUUUUGAAUUCCUGAAUCAUGUGGAGGACGGACUCAAGGAUCACUACGAUAUUAAAAUGUUGACAUACCUGAUGUUGGUCCGACUCGCCCAUCUCUGUGCCAGUGCUGUGUUACAACGUUUGGAUAGACUCGUAGAGCCUUUGAGAGCAACGUGUACCACUAAGGUCAAGGCCCACUCUGUGAAACAGGAAUUUGAGAAGCAGGACGAACUCAAACGGUCGGCCAUGAGGGCAGUGGCGUCUCUAUUAGGCAUACCCGACGCAGAUAAAAGUGCUCAGAUGAACGAGUUCCUGUCCCAGAUCAAGUCCACAACAGAACUGUGUAGCAUGUUUGAGAGCAUUCAGAAGGAUGCCCAAUCCAACUCCUCUACUGACAUCAUCGUCAUGGAUACCAGCUGAGGACAGUCACCACACAGUGCUCAAGGUUUUAUUUUGUUAAGUGAAUAAGACGGAGACAUAAAACAGGAUUUUCAGGUUGCCUUUCACUGCAGAGACCUGAUCACAGUAUGUCAAAAAAUCUUAAUAAAAUGCAAGGGGUCUGUUCCUGAAGUGCUGUGACUGGAGCAGUCCUGUUUGGAAUGUCUCAAGCCUUGGUCAAUAGUGAAAAUUGGUUUAAAAACUAAUAUAAUUUCAGCAACUGGACACAUUAAGCAUCUUUAUUGGAACAUUUUGUUAUUUUAUGUUCCACUUAACAUUGGGAGUUAAGUGUAUGGCUUCAGCAUGCCGUGUGUACUGAAAUUCAGGGUAUGAUGAACCAAAUAGAUGGGGGUAGUAGUCUACUUGUGAACAUAAAUUAGUAACAUGUAGAUGGAACGGUCAUCAAACAUUGAUAGUAUGAUUUCGUACAGACAAAAUUAUUAUCACAAUUUGAUACACGGAAGUUUAUUCAUGAACAUAUUACUGAUGAUGGAUAGACAUAUUGUCUGUAUAGAUACAUCAUGGGUAAAGAUACAAUUAGCUGAAUAUACUUUGGUAUCGGCCUAUCAUGACAUAUAAUUUCUCCAUGUAGGAAUAUGUCUGGGUAAAAGCCCACCUAUGUCUAUUGUAGUUCAGUACAAUCCUUACAAGUGCAAUUUCCUUGCCUGCAAUAAGCCCAUCCCUGUUAUGAGAUUGUGUUGACUGCCGGGGCUUAUUACAGGGCAACUACAGUAUACCAUAUAGAUGUAUCUGUACAGACAGCAUGUCUGACAGAGCGAGGGGUACUAUUUCCCUCGUCCUAUGUGUACAGACAGACCGAGGCGUACUAUUUCCCUCGUCCUAUGUGUACAGACAGUAUGUGUACA